AUGAGUCUACUUGGAAGGCAGCCCGCUGGAAUUUUAAAAAUAAGUUUGAAAAACAAAACAAAAUACUCGUACUUAAAAGGUAAAAGCCGUCUAUCUCCAAUUUAUUCACGGCCAUCUACGACAAUGACCACAGAUAAAUACUGCCAACUAGCAGACAACUCAAUAAUAGAAAGACCUAUUUUAGAUGACAGGAAAUACAGAUUCUUGAACCUCAAGAGUAAUCAUUUGCAUGCUUUGGUUAUACAAGAUCCACUGACUGAUAAAUCAGCAGCAUCCUUGGAUGUGAAUGUUGGUUCUUUUACAGAUAGAGAAUAUGGUAUUUCAGGGCUAGCACAUUUCUGUGAACACUUGCUUUUCAUGGGUACCGAAAAAUAUCCUGAAGAGAAUGAGUAUUCAAGCUAUUUGUCUAAACAUUCAGGCUAUUCCAAUGCUUAUACAGCAAGUGAACACACUAAUUAUUACUUUGAGUUGAGUUCCGACAACUUAGAAGGUGCAUUGGACAGAUUUUCCCAAUUUUUUAUAAGCCCAUUGUUUAGUAAGAGCUGUAAAGAUAGGGAAAUAAGGGCUGUGGAUUCAGAGAAUAAAAAGAAUUUGCAAAGUGACCUUUGGAGACUUUAUCAGUUAGACAAACUGACAAGUAACCCUGCACAUCCAUAUAAUGGGUUUUCGACGGGAAAUAUCAAAACUUUAGGAGAAGAACCUCUCGAAAAAAAUUUGAAUGUUAGAGACAUUCUCAUUAAGUUUCAUAGUGAACAUUACUCUUCUAACUUGAUGAGUUUAGUUGUAUUAGGGAAAGAAGAUCUCGACACAUUGUCUUCUUGGGUAGCAGAUAUGUUUUCAGAUGUUCCAAAUAAAAAUUUGGCUAGACCUAAUUAUAAUGGAGUCGAAAUUUUAACGCCUGACCAACUAGGCGUUCUAAUUAAGGCAAAACCUAUAAAAGAACAGCAUUCUCUACAAGUCACAUUCCCAAUUCCAGAUGAUCAAGAGGAAUCUUGGAGCACCAAGCCAUCAAGGUACUAUAGUCAUUUAUUGGGACACGAAAGUGCUGGAUCUAUUUUUCAUUACUUGAAAUCAAAAAGCUGGGCCACAGAGUUAUCAGCCGGAGGUGCGAGACAAAGUCAAGGUAACUCUGCCUUCUCUAUCGAAGUAAGUUUAACCCCAUCUGGCUUAGAAAACUGGGAAGAAAUUGUUGUGAACAUUUUUCAAUACUUGAAGCUAAUCUUAAAUGUAGGGCCACAGGAAUGGAUAUGGAAAGAACUUCACAACACUUCUGAAAUAGACUUUAAAUUUCGACAAAAACAGGAAGCGUCCUCAACAGUAUCUAAAUUGAGUGGUUCGCUUUACAAGUUUACUGAGAAUUCUUUUAUUCCAGCAAAAUAUUUGCUAAGUUCGUCAAUUGUUAGAGAGUUUGAUAGCCAAAAGAUCCAGCAAUAUGGCGAGUAUCUUAAUCCGAAGAAUAUCAAAUUGACUUUGGUUUCUCAAAACUUGGAAGGACUCGACAAGAAGGAAAAGUGGUAUGGAACUGAAUACUCUAUUAAUUCGCUUCCGAAUUCUUUGUCACAAGCCUUACAAACCAUUACGCUUAACAAUCAAUUUAAUCUACCAAAAAAGAAUGAAUUCAUUCCCAAUGAUUUUACAAUUUCAAAAAUGAAACUGAAACUUCCCUUAACUCAUCCUUACUUAAUUACAAACAACAAUAAGUUUCAUAUUUGGUAUAAACAGGAUGACAGGUUCGAAGUCCCCAAAGCUAUCAUUGACCUAAUGCUUCAUCUCCCCAACUCCUCUACAACUUGUGAAGCGAGUGUCUGUACGAUUUUACUCAGCGAAUUUUUAGAAGAUGAACUCAAUGAUAUCUCUUACUACGCCUCGAUGGUAGGAUUAAGAUUAUCUAUUGAUUUUAGACGUGAUGGCUUAUUGAUAAAAGUUGAUGGAUAUAAUGAUAAAAUAGCUGUAUUGUUAGAAAAUGCCUUGACUCAAGUGUUGAACUUCAGUCCAAAAGAAGAGAGGUUUGAAGCCAUAAAAUUCAAAUUAACUCAAGAUUUGCGUAAUUUUAACUAUGCUAACCCAUUCAUGCAGAUGCUGACCCAUUUCUUAACAUUGGUGAACGAUAAAACAUACUCUCAUGAGGCGAGACUUUCGGUCCUUGACAAGCUUAUCUUUUCACUGUUUCAAAAUUUUGUUACAAAGUCGAUCUGGGAAUCUGGUAUAUUUGUGGAUGGUUUGAUUCAAGGAAACUUUGAUAUAUUAAAAGCUGAAAGUAUCAGAGAUGUGAUCGAAAGCAAAAUAUCUCACAUUAAAGCAAUUGAUUCAGAUUAUUCCAGCGUGAGAAAUGUUGUGAGACUCCAGUCAUAUGUGUUGCCAUCGAAUCGAUCUUUUAGGUAUCAAAUGCUGCUUAAAGAUCCAGAAAAUAUAAAUUCUUGUAUUGAAUAUUAUAUUCAAAUUUCUGAGGAUUUAAACGAUGUAAAGGUGAGAGUCUUGACGGAUCUUUUGUCAACAAUUAUUCAUGAGCCGUGUUUCAAUCAGCUAAGAACAAAAGAGCAACUAGGCUAUGUGGUCUUUUCCGGAACAAGAUUAACGAGAACGACCUUAGGAUUUCGAAUCUUGGUGCAAUCAGAAAGAACAACAGACUAUCUAGAAUACAGAAUUGCGGAUUUUUUGAAAGGUUUUGGUAUUUUCGUAAAUCAAAAAUUGACGAGUGAUCAAUUCAAUAAAUUCAAGCAGUCCUUGAAAACUAAGAAACUUGCGAAGCUUAAAAAUCUCAAUGAAGAGGCAAGUAGAUUCUGGGAAUCCAUCACUAGUGGAUACUACAAUUUCGAAGAGAGAUGUAAGCAUGCUGAAUACUUGGAUCACAUUACAAGAGCAGAUUUCGUUGCUUUCUUUAAUAAUUAUAUCUCUGAUGAAUCUGAUAUAUCAUCCAGACUAGUAAUGCACCUCUCGUCGCAAAGCCCUCCUAACCAGCCUGACUUGAAGCUUAUACAGGCCUCUAUUUACAAUUUCAUUUAUCAUUAUGAUUUGCAAAUUGAUUCCAGCAAGGUAGACGGGAUUAUUGAAGAUAAUUUGAGUAACCUAGAAGCCUUGACCGACAGAUUGGUACAGUAUCUUAAGGAGCUGAAUCAGUCUAAUCCGAUUGUGGAAAACGGUCACAUUUCUAGCCUUUUCCUGAUUAUCAAGGAAGAAUUGAAAAGACCUGUUCCUACAGGAUACCCGAGUGGGAACCUCAUUGAUUCAAUUGAAGAGUUUAGGAGUGAGUUUAAGAAAAGUGGUCCGCCUGUACCAGUUGAAGACUUAUCCAAGUUUUCUUACUUAGAUUCUGAAGCACAUUUAUAG